AUGGUUUCUUGUUUGAUCCUGGGUAUAAAAGUCGCGAAUAUAUUCGGAGCGCUCAUUGAUGCAGUAGCGGAUGUCGUGAACCGCAUUUGUUUUGGAUCGAAUGCCGACGAUAGUACCUGCAAGUGUGGGGAUUCCACCAAUAGGAGUUUUGACCCGAACAGACCCCUCGGUCCGGUCCGCCUGAAUUCUACCUCGCCUGUCAAUUAUCGGGACGACGGGCGAGGCUUGAAGGGUCGUUUCGGAUAUCUAGGGUUCGGACCCGAAGUGGAGAAUUUAGAGUUGUGGGUUGGGUUGAUCUUAGCCUCUGUAGCUCAAUGGUAG